AGGCUCCAGUCCGACCUCAGCAUCACUCGUGGUGGUUUCGCGCGCGCAUCCGCCGCUAAGGUGAGACCACUUUUCGAGGUGAAAAAAUCGAAAGUCCGUUGUCGAUCGCGGCGAUUCGCGAGCGCGUCCGCGUCGUCGAGUCGCACCGUUCGACCGGCGCGAUCGGGAGAUCGGGAGGUUAAUUGAGGGAUGUCGGCGGAAUAGUUUUCUUAACGACGACGACGACGAGGAGGAGGAGGAGGAGGAGGAGGAGGAGGAGGAGGAGGAUCGCGAGGGGGUGCGUUUGAAGGAGAAGAAAUCCAAAUCACUGAAGACGCGCGGGUGAAGGAUGGAUAAUUCACGGGCGCGAGUGAGCGGCCAAUCGGCGGACUCUCGAUCACUGGAGGGAUCGCGCGGCCUCGCUCGCGAGGAAUAGACAGCGUGUGCGAAUUCGGGAAGGUAGAUUCGCCGCGUCGGAGCCCGUCUGUCAACUCUCGACGGCGGCCCGUUUGUUUACCGCUCGCCGAUCCGUGAUUCGCGCUUCCUGUCGGCGCGCUAGCUUCUCCAGCGGAUGCCGAGCGCUUCCGGCUGGCCCGGCGGAAUGUACUCGCGGGAAUACGGAGAUUUUCGGCGAAACCGCGGGUGAUCGAGGAAAUCUGCCCGGCGCUUCGGAGGGGGAACUGCCGAAUUCCUCAAGACUGGAAAGUGCGACGCGGACGGAAGCGGAAGGGUGAAUUUGCGGUGAAUUUUAGGAAAACACGCACGUACACACUUACACACGUUCGCUCGCUCGCUCGCUCGCUCGCUCCCCCUCGCUCCUUCCCUCGGCCGAGAGAGAGAGAGAGAGAGACGAUCGUGACCAGGAAUGUGCUCGAGAUGUUCGAUUAGUUCGGAGUAAAUUCAACACCGGGAUCCUGUGGCAGUGAGAUGAUACUUGAAGUGAGAGUGUCAUGAAACACGUUCAGUGAAAUCCGGAUUAAAGCGCACUCGUACGAAUUCCCUGCCCUGUGUACGUAUACGCGCGCGCGCGCGCGCGCGUGUCCGUGUACGCGCGUAAAAUAGUGACAAGUAUGACGAGCGGAACAUCGCAGUGGCAGUGACACCGAAAGGGGGAAAAAGUAAAUGAAUGAAAAAGAGUCGACCGCGCGCGCGAAGCGACUCGGACCGGCGGACCUGUAUAUACGCGUCAUAUCUGAAGUAAUCGAGUGAAAAGAGAGUUCCGCAGCGCGCCGUCGGAUGUGUGUGGAGAGUGUGAUAAAGCCUUUCGGGAUUUUGGAAACGCGCGAAAGCGCGAAUACGCUUUGAAUAUCUCGGAGAUUCAAAGGGGCCUGGAUUUGAGUCGAGCCGUGAUCGAGCUAUGUCCGAUGUAAUAUUCAACAGAUAUCCCUGCAGCGGCUUUCCAUGGACUAGCUACUCACGAUGACCAGCAUGAAGUUUCUUCGCGUCAUCCUGGCGCUCCUGUGGGGCACGCACGCCCUGUGCGCGCAGCCGUCGGCGUCUCCAACUGUGAAAAGCACCGGUGGCUCCAGUCUCGCUAGUGUAGUAGCUGGAAGCAAGCCGACAAGAUCCUGGGACAAGCCCCACUUCGACGAUAUUGCACCGCGAAAUGUCACUGCCAUCGUCGGCCAGACGGCGGAGCUGAAUUGUUACGUCAAGCAUCCGGGCGACCGUGUGGUUUCCUGGAUACGUAAGAGGGAUUUGCAUAUCUUGACGUCAUCGAUCCACGUUUACACGGGAGAUGGGAGAUUUUCCGUUCUGCAUCCGGAGCCAUCCGACGAGUGGACGUUGCGGAUCGACUACGUCCAGUCGCGGGACGCCGGGGUUUACGAAUGCCAGGUUAACACCGAGCCCAAAAUGAACUUAGCCUUCACGUUAAAAGUCGAAGAAAGUGCCCCUGUCCCUGCCACCACCACACCGAACGCCAUUCACCGGACGUUCAGCUCAGCUGCUCAGGCGAAAAUCCUGGGGCCGGAAGACGUCUAUGUGAAGAAGGGUAGCACGAUAAGCCUCACGUGCACCGUUAAUGUGCAAAGUACACCGCCCAGCAGCGUUUCCUGGCAUCACGGAGCAGCCGUGGUGGAUUUCGACAGUCCCAGUGUUCACCGCAGGGGCGGGGUUUCCCUGGAGACGGAGAAAACGGAAAGCGGCACGACGAGCAGACUACUGGUGACACAAGCCAGAUUGACCGACAGCGGAAAUUACACCUGCAUCCCUAGCAACGCGAACCCAGCGAGCGUAAUGGUCCACGUGCUGAAUGGCGAGCAUCCGGCGGCGAUGCAGCAUGGCGGCAGCUGCGGAGUGGCCCCGACCAUUCUACUCGCUAGCAUCACCCUCAUAGUCGCGAAUCUGCUAAGGUGAGCAGCCGUGUUGUGAGCCGCGCAUCCUAAAGAGAAAAUUAAUCAAAAAGAAAGUCAAACGUUACAGCAGCCUCGAUCGGGACGGAGCCUGAAGUGAAAGCGCGUGCGCGCGACGACCUGCUGUCGCGAAUGUCGGCGCUGACCGCGUUUGGAAAAUCAAAAAAAAAAAAGAGAAGGAAAAAAAGAGCGAAAAAGAAAAAGCGGAAAAAAUCGCUCGGUCGACCGCGCGCGAUAGAUCGGUUUCGCGUCGCGCGUUGUUGCUGUCGUCACACGCUGUGCGUCGAGUUCGUCGAGUGGUCGGAAGUGACGACGAUGACGACGACGACGACGACGACGACGAGAGAAAAUCACAGUGCGGACCAAGUGCAGUGGACCAAACUCUCUGUGAGGGACGCAGUGACGUGGCGGACGAUCCUUAGCACGUACGUUUUUAACAGACUAAGAGAGGGGGAAAAGAGAAGGGGAGGCGAAAAAGGCGAGGAAUAAGAGGAAAAUAGAAAUCCUCCUCAGACUGUCCUCUCCCGUUUGCAAGAAAAACCGCCGUGCAAGAUGCGCCUCGGCGCGUGAAACAUCCAGAGGAUUAUUCGCGACAUUCUCGACGCGAUUCCGAGGAGUGUCGUCGCCCGGACGAGGUUCUCCCGCCCUCUUGCGCUUUUUCUAUUAUUAAAUCGGCGUGUUAAAUGUCGUCUCAACGAAUCGGCUCAACGAAAUACACCGCGAACGGACGAACGGCGGAGGAGAGCCGCGAUUUCGUUGCGAGAGCUCUUCGGACUCGCCGGCUAAUGAGAAUAAUUAUUACAAUUACGAAUAUCUGGCGUUCGUAACGAUCCAACGAUCGGCGAGACUAGUCGCGUGCUGAUUAUCAACUGGAGGAAAUAAUAGCUGAGAUUACUGUACAUAAAGCGAGUGAUGCGAGAGAGAACGUGCAGGAGGGCUCGCCGUGUGACCCCUUGUUGUACAGUACAAUGCACGUGCGAGGAUUGUCACGUGACCAAUCAAUCGUUUCCCGUUGUUUGGUCCGGGCAACAUUGUACAUAGCUUGUAUCAUUGAUUAUUUGUAUGUACGACGUGGACUCGAGACGCGAAUUCUAACUCACUCACUCUGCGCGAGCCCGAUGUUGACGUGCGCGCGCGCGCGCGCGCGCGACGAGGUAUUUUCUGUACAUUUUCUCAAUUGCACGCGUGCUCGUAAUUUUGGCCAGAUUCGAUUUGUUCGGUUGUUGAUUUGACUCGUACGAAAUUCUAUGCGCAGAUACAAUACGUUCUCGUCGUCAGGAACGUUUGUGGAUAGUAUACGGUAAUAUUGUUGUUCCGCGGGAGAACGACGAUCACGAGAUGACUGACGAUUUUUUAGGUGUGAUAGUAGAUAAAUCUAUUCUCGAUAUGUUUCUGUUUGCUUAUUGCGAACGAUGAUUCUGAAUGCCGAACGAGUGCUCGCUAGAGAGCAAGAGAGAUGGAGAGAGAGAGAGAGAGAGAGAGAGAGAGAGAGAGAGAGAGAGAGAGAGAGAGGAGAUCGAGAGGUGUCUUACUCGUACGAUAAACAAAAAAACGCUGCUUUUACACAGGAUCAAAUGUUUCUCCUGCAAGUAUUUCGUUCCACCCCAGAUAUUCGCUCGAGCUCAACACCGAGUAAUUUCUAUUGAAAGAUCAAAACUCGUCGGAACAAAUUCCUUCCUCGAUCGAGGUGUAAUCGUAAUCAAAAACGGACAUCAACGAUCAACGGGCAAUGGACGUUAGAUUAAAGUGUACUGAAGAUGGAACUCUUGCGUAUGGAUAAGCGAGUAUGGGAAAAAAUACGUACGUAUAUUUAAAUAGAUGAGUAACAAGCGUUCGUUAUGUACUAAGAUAAUAUUAUAUGUCGACAUGCGGAAAGUAUGACUCGAGAAAGAGACCGAGUUGUAAGUAUAUAAAAGUUACAAGAGGUUCCUUUGCAAAACCACUACGUAAGGGGAGAGUCGCCUUUUUUCGCCGCGAGUCCUUCAAAUAUCAUCCUUUCGCAAAAUGUUGAUGAAUCGUUAUUGUUGUUCCGUGUUUAAGUCUCACGAUGUAUCACUUGCAAAAUUCUCGACAUCGUGAAACGUGAAACUUUUGUUUGUUGCACGUUUAAAAUAUUUGUUUAUAUUUUCCCUCAAAAUAUCAGCGUGGAUAUUUUGAAUAUCCACGAGAGAAUUUUUUUCAGGGAAAUGACAAAAGAGAGAGAGAGAGAGA